CUGGUGUUCUCUAAUCAAGUAAGUUUAGAUAGAAGAUUAGACUUUGCCUACUUGGCGGGAAAGAUAAACAAAACAAACGGAAAAGGCUUGCUACAUUUAUAUAUUGCAGAGGUUUAAUCUCUGAUAGAAAGAUGUCUGUAGAUACUAAUGGAAGAAUGGGUGAUGCUGCAUCUCAGAUUAUACAAAAUGGAACUUCAGAGAUGAAUGGGAAACCUUCAAGAUGUAAAAGGCAUUCAGAAUACAACUACCUAGAUGCAAUACAGGAGAUAAUUGACUGCGGAGUGAGAAAAAAUAAUAGGACAGGCACAGAUACUCUGUCUAUAUUUGGUAUGCAGAUGAAAUACAAUCUCCGGGAUGAAUUUCCACUGUUGACUACAAAACGUGUUUUCUGGCGAGGUGUAGCUGAGGAGUUGCUGUGGUUUGUUCAGGGGUGCACAAAUGCCAAUGUUCUAAAAGAGAAAAAUGUUCACAUCUGGGAUGCUAAUGGCUCAAAAGAAUUUCUCUCAGGGAUAGGACUUGGUCACAGAGAAGAAGGCGACCUUGGUCCAGUGUAUGGAUUCCAGUGGAGACAUUUUGGUGCGGAAUAUAAAGACAUGCAUACUGACUACAAGGGUCAGGGUGUUGAUCAACUAAAGGAUGUGAUACAUAAAAUAAAGACCAAUCCAGAUGACCGUAGAAUUAUCAUGUCUGCAUGGAAUCCUCUUGAUUUAGACAAGAUGGCUCUACCACCAUGUCAUUCAUUUGUACAGUUUUAUGUUUGUAAUGGUGAACUGUCUUGUCAGCUGUAUCAAAGAUCUGCAGAUAUGGGACUUGGUGUUCCAUUCAACAUAGCAAGUUAUUCUCUUCUCACAUAUAUGAUAGCGAAAGUCACUGGUCUCAAGCCUGGAGAUUUUGUCCACACACUGGGUGAUGCACAUGUAUAUGUGAACCAUAUAGAUGCCUUAAAAGAACAGUUGAAAAGAGAGCCAAGACCAUACCCUAAACUUUUGAUAAAGAGAGAAGUUACAGACAUUGAUGACUUUAAAAUGGAAGAUUUUGAAAUUGAUGGAUACAAACCUUACCCAAAAAUACAGAUGGACAUGGCUGUAUAAAAUAUUCAUUGUAUGUCAUAAUGUGCAAUUUUUUGUUAAAGAAAGUGGUAAAAUGUGAAAAUGUUUUAGAAAUUUACAACAACUCCACAUAUUAUAAACAGUUUUCUCUCGCAAACGUAACUGUUGAAUUUAGUUUGCAUUUCUAGACCAGUUUACACAAGGAUGAAUGAUGGUUGAUAGCUAGCUGAGCUAUGAUUAGAACCAGUUUGUUAAUAAAAGUUUAUCAUAAAUUUAUGUAACAUUUCACAUCAGGCUGUGUUUUGUGACUGUGAUAAGACUUUGGAUCAAAGUUGUUGCAAGUUAAUUAGAGCAAAAAAGUUAGGGGAAAGAAGGUAAAAAUAUGUGUAAAGUGGUAUACUAAAUGUGUACGAGUUUCGUAGCUGUCUCUUACCUGUUUCUGUCACGCAUGAUUAAAAGAGAUGAGGGGGGAUUUAUAAUGUGUUUGUACUGUUUAUGAUAUUUUUAUGAACUUUAUUAUAAGAGCAGUUAAGUGCUAGCAAAAUGGAGGAUUAAAUCUGUCAAACUUG